GGUGAUAUUUUGAAAUAUUUUGAACAUCAAUCUCGACGUGAACUGUGCAGCGCAUGAAAAACAAAUAACAAAAACAAGAAAUAAUAAAAACCAAGUUACCAAAAACCGCUUAUCAGUGAAAUUCGCCUGCAGUUGCAUAACGCGUUGCCAAAAAAAUAUAGAAAACGGAAAGAAACGAACAAAAAUAACAACACCAACGCGUAAUAAGUUCUCGCAAGGUUUUCGUGGCGAAGGAGACGACAAAAAGAAAGCUCGAAAAACAAGGGGCGCAAGGAGAGUGCAGUUAGUGCCCCCUUUGGGGCCCGCCACCCCCACCGGUCCCCCCGGCCCCCUCGACGCCCACGCGACGUGCCUUAUAGGAAAUAUUUUCGGUUUUGUGUGCGCGUUAAUUGCUCAGAGCUAAGUUACGUAUUCCGGCAAGACCCCGCAGAGCGAACUAUGGCCCAGAAUACAGCAGAUACCUUCAUCCACCUGAUUGCCGGCGGUUCCGCUGGCACUGUGGGCGCCGUGGUCACAUGUCCAUUGGAGGUGGUCAAGACGCGUCUGCAGAGCUCCACGGCCUUCAUGACGCCGGCUCGGGUGGUGGAGAAUGCCGGUGGACCGGCCAAUGGUGGCCAAUCGGAGCUUUUGCGGCCGGAACAACGACGUAAGCUAAGCACAACGAUAUUACGUAACAGAUCACAGCCACAGGUGAUUGGGGGUGUGCGUAGGAUCAUGGCCAUUUCGCAUUGUGGCAUUUCAUCGACAACGCCCAAAUCCAUGAGCAUCGUCCAGUGUCUAAGACAUAUUGUUCAGAACGAGGGUCCCCGCGCUCUGUUCAAAGGUCUCGGUCCGAAUCUCGUGGGCGUGGCCCCAUCCCGUGCCAUCUACUUUUGCACCUACUCCCAAACCAAGAACACGCUCAACAGUUUAGGGUUUGUUGAACGUGACUCGCCGCUGGUUCACAUUAUGAGUGCUGCCAGCGCUGGUUUUGUCUCCUCCACGGCCACGAAUCCCAUUUGGUUUGUAAAGACAAGAAUGCAGCUGGACUACAAUUCCAAAGUCCAGAUGACGGUGAGGCAGUGCAUCGAGCGGGUGUAUGCCCAAGGUGGCAUUGCUGCCUUCUACAAGGGUAUUACCGCUAGCUAUUUUGGUAUCUGCGAAACCAUGGUGCACUUUGUCAUCUACGAGUUCAUCAAGUCCAAAUUACUGGAGCAGCGAAAUCAACGCCAUUCGGACACAAAGGGCUCGCGUGAUUUCCUGGAAUUCAUGAUGGCCGGCGCCGUGUCCAAGACAAUCGCAUCCUGCAUCGCCUAUCCCCAUGAGGUGGCCCGCACGCGUCUGCGUGAGGAGGGUAACAAGUACAACUCCUUUUGGCAGACCCUACACACGGUGUGGAAGGAGGAGGGCAGAGCAGGACUGUAUAGAGGCCUGGCUACGCAGCUGGUGCGACAGAUACCCAACACGGCGAUCAUGAUGGCCACCUACGAGGCAGUUGUCUAUGUCCUAACCCGGCGCUUUAACAACAAGUCGAACGAGUUCUACGACUUUUAGGGAGUCCACAUACGGCGAAUCCUGACUAGAAGUUAACACGCGACGUUGAGGAACCCAAUCUGUGCAUAUGUAGACGCGACUGCUGCGACUUAACUGUAAUCGUUACCCCUUUUUUCUAGACGAUCUAAACCAACGAGCGCAAAUUCUGAGUUAAUUAGCUCUAAGUCACAACCAAACCGAAGGGAAAUGAAAACGAACUCAAUAGACUUGAGACAUAAGACGUUGAACGAUCGAAGUCCACCCACUUAACCCAAUCCGCUAUAUGCUACACUAUAUAUAUAGAGAGAGGACGAUCCGCAAUAGCUGUCUGCACAACGAGUUUAGUUCGAUGGAUUCACCGGAAACGUUAUCAAAAUUUUGAAAAGGCUGCUAUUUAGUUAAAGAUACAAAUAUGUAUAAAUGUGGUUGAUAUUUUGAUAAAAAAUAAUGUAUAUAUAGGAAUCAAUUCGCUCAGAGUGUAUUGUAAAUAGAUGAAAAGUGAGUCAGUCGACUGGCGUUCGCAAUAGCUCCCCUAGUUUUGUUAGUUUCUAAGCACAAACAAUGUUGAAUUGGCCGCAGUUGCCAGUAGAAGCCGACCGUAACCUAUACGUAACUCUAAUCGUAAUUGUAAACGUUCACGUUAAGUUUCCUCAAAUGCGAUAUACAUUUUAGUUACCAUUACUCUUAAAGCAUACUUCCGAUUAUCAUUAUGAUUAUUAUUAUUAUUAUUACUAUUAUUAUUAUUGCUGUUUAUUUAGUCCAUUAGUUAAUUAGUUAGUGAGCUCUGGCAUGAGCUGUAGUUGUCCCCAAAAUCGUAUUUCAUUGAUAACAACGAGCAAAGAAUGAUGAAAACUACUGUGAAUAAUUGAUUGCAAUCUGAUUUAAUGGUGAAAUCAAUAAAUACAACAAUUUUGUUUAAAAAUACCCCUCAA